AUGCUGGAUGAGCAGUGUCACCUGCUAUGUUUAACUGGUGAACAACAUGGCUGUGCUGGUCCACCAAUCUGUUUGCUCCGGUUGCAGACUUAUCAGUGGUGUUUCCUGUUGUGUAACGUCAUCUUGUUUCACGCCCUGCUAUUCGGCGGAGACAUCGUCGAAGAGUUCCUGCUGCAGUCCUCUCCUGCCGCUUACACCGACCGCUUUGUCCUCAAGGUUAGAGAGCGUGCUCGCAAACUAGACCUGACUGAAACCGCUCUCAACACCUCGAAGCUUUAUCCCAUUAACACUGAACCAUGCCUUCAUCAUCAGGACCUCCUCAUCCUCACCGUGGUCCUCAGUUCCCCAGGAAACUCAAGCCAGAGGGAGGGAGUGCGAAACUCGUGGGCCAAUCAGACCACAGUGAAGCGCGUUGCUGUGCGGACAUUGUUCUUCAUUGGCCCCUCCUCUUUAGGAGCGGAGUAUGAUUCAAUUAGGGAGGAAUCAGCACGCAAUGGUGAUAUCGUGCAGUGUGAGUUUGGGGUUUCACGCAGUGACUGGGAGAGAGGACACUGGGAGCAAUUAAAAAUGGCACUUCGCUGGGUACUGCUCUUCUGCCCUCAGGCCCGAUUUAUCGUGCUUUCCAAGGACUCUGUGUAUUUAAACUUACCUGCACUUGCAUCAUACCUGCUAGGGAUGAGAACGCACCCAGAUGACCUUUACCUGGGAAGGGUCAUCCAUCGGGCCACUCCUGAGCGAGACCCCAGCAAACCACAUUACCUGCCGUAUCAGGUGUAUCCUGAUAAGUAUCUCCCAGACUACUGCUCUGGCCCCGCCUUCCUCCUGUCACAAGAUGUUGUGCGGAAGGUUUAUGUUGCUGCUGAGGACGUAGCACUGCCCCUCUCCUUAGAUGUACUGAUUGGCCUGUGUGCAAGACGGGCCGGUGUGGUGGCCACUCACAGCGCUCGAUUUUCCGGCAACCGACACAUUCGCUAUAAUCGCUGCUGCUACAAAUUUAUAUUCAGCUCUGCUGGAAUGGGGACGGGACUGAUGGGUGUGGCUUGGAGAGAUUUAGGGGAGGGACAUAGGAAGGGCUGUGGCAUGUUGGAGACAUAUUAUAGUUUAAUAGUCUGCAAAGCAAUGACCUACCUGGACAAAAUUUCCUUUCUGAGUAACGACAAAACCCAGGACUAG